CACCAGCCCCGGGUGAUGGGGGAGGCAGCCCCCCUGUCCCACCUGGGUGCCGGCGGGGCGCUCCCCGAGUGUCCGGCCGGGCGCAGGGGGGAACUGGCCGCACGCGGGCCCGCGUGGUUAAAAAUUAAGGAGGGCGGGAGGCUGGGGAGGCUUCCCGUAAAUCAGUCCCGGUGGCUGGGGGCUGGGCUUGGCGGGGGCACCCGCGGUGAGAGGUGCAGACCCGGCAUCGCCCGGCCCACCCCGCUGCGGCUGGAGGACCUGCCCCCCUCAUGCAGGCACUCGUUGGAAGCUGGGGAGCUGGAGGAGGCUCGGCAGUGGAAGGGGGUCCGCGAUCUGCAGCUGCUGGGGGGCGACGUGCUGCGCUGGGGGGGGCUGCUGCUGCCCAACAACCCCCCCUACAACACGGGCGCCUUCCGCUUCGAGCUGACCUUCUCCCCACACCACCCGCUGGCCCCCCCCCGUGCCAGGCUCCUGACCAGCAUCUACCACCCCGGCGUGGACGAGGACGGCCACGUCUGCCAGCCCCUCACCUCCCAUGACCACUGGCAGGCCACCACCCGCGCCGUCCACGUGCUGCAGGACCUGCUGCUGCUGCUGGACAGCCCUGACACGGAGCGGGGGAUGCGCCAGCAGCUGGUCCGCGAGCUGAGCGAGCAGCCCGAAAUCUUCUGGCGACGUGCAGAGGAACACACCCGCCGCCACGCGGAGCCGCGGCCCGAGCCUCCCGGGUCCUGAGCUCAGCUCAGGACCCCAGCUCUGUUCUGAGCCCACCCGGGGCCUGGGCAUCGCCCCCACCUCGGUGCGCUAUGGGUCCCCACACUCCAUCCAUAAAGUUGUUAAUUUAUUGCUGCU